GAGCGUCCUUGAUAUGAUUUACGAAUUUACACUGACUGCCGCCACCUUUGGUAGCACGCGCGACGAGCAUAAGUAUAUAUGUUCCAGGGGCCAGGGGCCAAGGCCCUCCCACUCUAACUUUUUGAGGGGAGGCCUCCCGCCCCGGACCCUUUUUCUUGAGGGACUGCCGGGCGGGAAGGCCUCCAAAGGCCCACUUCCGACCCUUUCCGCUUCUUUCCUGGACGUUACAGAACUCCCAUCCCCGAGGCCGUUGAAGCAUCGGAGGCCGAGGGUGCAAGGCUUCCGAAGGUGACAAGGCUGGGCCCCCUUUGGCUUGUUGCGGCUUGUUGCAUCUACCCUACAGACCUCCAGGGUGCGGGUUCCUCACUGGGGGAGUUUCUUGGAAGGCCUCCGAGGGCAGCAGGUGGCAAGGCUUGACCCCUUUCGCCGUGCUGCAUGUAUCCCACAGAACCCAGGCGGGCACGCCUUGCCCCCCCCCUCCUCCUCGCCUUUGGUCCUCAACCCCCUGGGCGUUUGGCUUUGGUGGUGGCGGACGCUGCCACCAGUUGGGGGGAGGAGGGCCAAAGGGGCCAGUCCUCGCGAUCGUGGCCGCCUUCGGCGGCCUUCUUCCCCCGGAGGCUGUGCCCCUGAUAGGGUCCAAGAGUCGGGACGCCUUUGGGGUACACGCAGAGCGCUGCUAUUUUGAGGCCUUCGCCCCGAAAGACCCUUACAUGUCACCACCGCGGAAAAAUAGGCGCGCGGAUGCCCCCCCCGCUCCAUCCACAGGGGGGGGAGCCUCCACCCCUGGAACAUAUAUAAUAGGACAGUUUAUAGCACGAAUGGCGCAUGGGACGAAUGGCAUGAAUGGCACACCCCAACAGACCCCAAAUGUGUCACGAAUGGCACGAAUGGCACAGGUUGACAGGGUUCCGCCAGCUGGCGCCCCUGGUCUCAUUCGCUUGCCGAGUAUAUCAGUCGUAUGCAAGUGAUUCCGCCCAUGAGAGAAGCCACAUCGUGACGACGAAGAAGGGAAGAGGUUGCGCCGAAGCAUGGCGCCCCGCCCGUAGCGGGGGGGCAGCCUUGGCACCUAGUGGAACUGUGUGAGGGAUGUGCGUUUGGCUGAGUACAAGGUUUGGCGCCCGAAGGGCGCCCCGCGCCCGCGGGGUUCUUGGCGGUCGGCGUAGAGCAUCGAGCAGGAAGUGGCAACCCAGUGGGGAGAGCAACGCGUCGGAACGCAGGGCGCCCGAAGGGCGCCCCGCUCUCGAAGGUCUAUUUGGUCCACGAAUGGGACGAAUGGCGAGGUCGAUCGCGGUCACGGAUUGCGCCCCCGCCAUCCGUGCCAUUCGUGCCAUUCGAUCCAUGCCAUUCCAGACCUGGAACCCUUAUAAACUGCUCUAAUAUAACAAACAGAAUAAGACGCGCGCCUUAUACUUUCGCAUCUUAGAUAAUGAUCGAAGUCUGAGGUUUUCACUUGAGUCACCUGACUGUUACGUAUCAAAACCUACUAGUUUCUGUGAAUAUCACUCUAGGGCAAAAAAAAACAACGUCUAGAUGAAGCACAUCCAUUACGAGUCCAAGGAUGAGGAAGUCAAUGACAAAGUUUAAGUUUUGGCUCCGACGCCGUGGAAGGUUAUAUUUUUCAAGAGCAGAUCCUCGAUGCACCUCCUUUACCGGGAGAAACAGGACUACGAAA